UUUACCUUUAUCAAGAAGAAGCAGUGAUCUGUCUCAAUUAUGUAGUGGAGGGGUCACCAUUGGAGUUCAAUAUUGGUUUAGACUUUCUCUCUUAUAAUUUUCCUAUAAAAGGGGAAGCUACAAACCCCAUCUUACACUUGUAAGCAUACAACAUACAAAAGCUAACUCUUAACACAUACAACUUUUCUCUCCCUCAUAACUCUCUUUCUCCCUUCUGCAACUUUGAGAAAAAAAAAUGGAGAACAAGAUGAGUUGGACUGUUGGUGAUGCUGUGGACUACAAAGGUUUCCCUGCUGACAAGUCAAAAACUGGAGGCUGGGUUUGUGCAGUUAUGAUCUUAGGUAUCGAAAUAUGUGAGAGGCUUUCAACCAUGGGAAUUGCAGUUAACCUUGUGACAUAUUUGAUUGGCACAAUGCAUCUGCCAAGUUCAGCCUCUGCCAACGUUGUGACAGACUUUAUGGGAACCUCUUUCCUUCUCUGUUUGCUUGGAGGCUUCCUUGCUGACUCUUUCCUUGGCAGAUAUAAGACCAUUGCCAUCUUUGCAAUGGUUCAAGUCCUGGGAACAGGCGCAUUAGCAGUAGCAACGAAGCUGUCACAGCUCCGCCCCCCUCCAUGUCAUGCAAAUGAAGUAUGCAAACAGGCAUCUGGAUUCCAAAUGGGAAUUCUAUACAUAGCCUUGUAUCUAAUAGCACUCGGCACCGGAGGUCUUAAAUCAAGUGUAUCAGGAUUCGGAACAGAUCAAUUCGAUGAGAAAGACGAAAAGGAGAAGUCGCAGAUGGCUUAUUUCUUCAAUAGAUUCUUCUUCUUCAUUAGCACGGGAACCCUAAUGGCGGUCACUGUACUUGUCUACAUACAAGAUGCAGUUGGUCGGAGCUGGGGUUAUGGCAUCUGCUCUGCGUCAAUGUUGAUUGCGGUCUUCAUAUUUUUGGCCGGGACUAAGAAAUACAGGUAUAAGAGAAGCCAGGGAAGCCCAGUAGUUCAUAUUUUUCAGGUUAUUGCAGCUGCUAUCUCGAAAAGGAAAAUGGAUCUUCCUUACAGUGUUGGCUCGUUGUAUGAGGACACUCCUGAGGGUUUAAGAAUCCUUCACACCGAUCAGUUUCAUUGUUUGGACAAGGCAGCCAUUAUUAGGGAGGGGGAUUUUGAUAACAUGUCCGGGUCGGGUCCAAACCCGUGGAAGCUGUGCUCUGUCACAAGGGUGGAGGAGGUGAAAAUGGUGGUGAGACUAUUGCCUAUAUGGGCCACAACCAUCAUUUUCUGGACUACUUAUGCCCAGAUGAUAACCUUCUCGGUGGAGCAAGCAUCCACCAUGGAAAGAUCAAUUGGAAGUUUUCAGAUUCCAGCAGGCUCCCUCACAGUCUUCUUUGUGGCAGCUAUAUUGAUCACUCUUGCAAUUAAUGAUCGUUUCAUCAUGCCUUUAUGGAGAAAAUGGAAAGGAAAACAAGGAUUCUCGAGCCUUCAAAGAAUUGGGAUAGGCCUAGUGCUUUCGACAUUUGGAAUGGCAGCUGCGUCUAUGGUAGAAACAAAACGGUUAUCUGUUUCAAAGACUGUAGAUAGAAACACUGAGAUUUUGCCAAUAACAGUAUUCUGGCUCAUCCCACAAUUCUUCUUGGUUGGAUCCGCCGAGGCCUUUAUAUACACCGGCCAACUUGAUUUCUUUAUAACUCAAUCUCCCAAAGGAAUGAAGACGAUGAGCACAGGUCUCUUCCUCACAACUCUGUCCUUCGGCUUCUUCCUUAGCAGCUUCUUAGUUUCAGUAGUGAAGAAGGUCACUAGUAAUACCAAUGAACAAGGAUGGCUAGCAGACAAAAUAAACUAUGGAAGACUUGAUUGCUUCUAUGGACUUUUGGCCAUACUAAGCGUCAUUAAUUUUGUGAUAUAUGUGAUUUGUGCCAUGUGGUUAAAGCCAAAGACUCCUCCUAAAAUUGGUGUGCAGAUGGAGACUAUUAAGGCUUCCUCUACCGAAGAGAUUUGCUAGUUAAAGUUUAGCUAGUGGAGUUUACUUGUUUUUUUAGCUUAUUAUAUAUAUAUAUAUAUGUGUAAUAGUCUGUCUUGCCAGGCAUUUUGUAUAUCAAGAAAUGGUUUUUAAGUUUGAUUUUUCCAUUGUAGUAAGUUAAUAUUGUGAGUUAAAGUGA